GUUUAUAGUACAAAAAGGUCCAAAAGACAGUCAUUAGCGCUGAGCUCUCUGCGAAUUCCUUCAAGGAACGUCCGCGAACCACUUGUGCGUCAAAGCCUGAGAAGCUGUGAUGCGUCGUUUUGGAUCCGUACUCAUCAUCUUCAUCAAAAGAUCAGUUCAAUAGAGUGAUUUAGCCGACUUCACGCGUGCACACGUGAUGGCGCACCUAAAGUGCUGCGCCUCCUCCCUGAUCUUUGCGACGGACACGCAUCGACUCCACGACUACACCCCAACUUUGAUGACGGUGCAUGGGUAUACACAUGCUACCAAACUUCAGAAUCGCAUAUUGUUCUCUUCACUGAACACUGUCCAGCUGCUCAGACCCGCAUUGCGUUCCCCUCAGCUGCUCCGCAACCCCACAUUAGCCACUAUGCCGCCCAAGGCAACACCGCCCGAGUUCCCCGUACAAGCGUUUCCUACGUCUACAGAUUUCGAAACCUACCUCGAGCGCGAACAUGCCACGGCUCCCGGCCUCUACGUGAAGCUCGCCAAAAAGAACUCUGGCAUACCCUCAAUAACCGCAGCGGAGGCCGUCGAAGUCGCGCUAUGCUAUGGCUGGAUUGAUGGUCGCGCCAACGCUUGCGAUGAGACCUGGUGGACGAUACGCUACACACCACGGAGAGCAAACAGUAUGUGGUCUCAGAAGAACGUGGGGACGGUGGCACGUCUUAUUGAGACCGGCCGAAUGCGUCCUGCUGGCCUGGCAGCCGUGGAUGCUGCGAAGACAGACGGACGAUGGGAUCGGGCGUAUGCAGGGUCCGCUAUGAUCGUAGUGCCUGAGGAUCUCAAGAAUGCGCUUGCUCUGGUACCUGCUGCGGAAGCUCACUGGGAAAGCAUGAACAAAAGCGGUCGAUAUACGGCGUUGCUGAAGGUAGAGACCGGCACAAAGGCUGGGAGACCAAAAAGAAUAGAGAGCAUAGUUCAAGUACUGGCGACAGGGAGACGCUCAAGUUGUGGUACUACAGCAGACAGGACUGCUCGAAAGGUUGCCAAGAGGACUGAAAAGACCAGCGCGAACGCUGAACCCUGCGUGCAGAAAAUAGCUCCUCCUCCCCAUCGAGCAGGACUGCGACGACGUAAAGCCUAAAGACACCUGGCUAUGCUCAUCGUGUACAGUAAUCGCCGAAUCAUGCGGUCACAACAUGGCGGUGCCAAAAAGAAGGACUUUUUGCCAAAAACAUACAACAGCGGGGAUUCGCUAGUGGUCACCCACCUAACUACUAAUCCGCCGGUACACUGCUUGUAUAUGGCUG